AUCCUCACUGAAUAAUGUCUAAGAAAUUAAAGAUAAAAUGCGCUGAAUUCCUUUGGAAUAAUAUCAAAGCUUGCUAAUGCUCAAAUUAAAGAUGGUGGCCAACUUGUGUUUUCAGUUACUGCAUGUUGUUACCUACAGAUUAAAGAGUUUAUAAUAAAUAUGUCCCAGCUAUUUAUAUUAAACACAUUCAUAUAGGUUAAAGAGAGUCUAAUAUAAGCUCUUCAGUCAUUAACUCUUCUUUGAUCUCCAUAUAUCAUCAGUAAAACAUGCAUGAAUGUUAAAAUGUCAUAUCUUACAGACAUGUUCUCACCAGUCACUCACAGGGGGUGAGCACUUUGAAAAGAUCCUCAGCAAUACAGAAGCUUUAUAUUAAAAACAAUCAAGUGAAGCACUUUCCCUUGUUUGAUUUGAUUUGCUAAAAUUUACAGUUGGUGGUUUGAGACAUUCAGCCUCACAAAAUUCAGUGAUGAUAACAUGUUAAGCUGAGUUUUGUCUCUGAGGUCAUCUCAAAUGGAGACAGUCUGAUGCAGAGACUUCUAAAUGACUGCUAGUUUUGCUUUUUAGUGGCAUUUCCUUCUAGACAGGGGUAUCCCCUCCAUAAUGAUGGCAAAGAAAAGUUUCACUUCUGUUUGGGUUGAGAAAGAAAAAGGCAAACAAUCGAAUUUUUUGAAAUCGUACAUUUUUAACAUUACUGACUGAAAAUCAACAACAGUGAAGAUUUGAAGAAAGCAGCUUCACUUGUUUGUUUUUACUGUAAUGCUAAAAUGUGUUGCUGAGAGGUUUUUGUUUCCAUCUUUUCGAUUCCUAGUAUUCAUCUUUGCCAUUGUGCUUUGAUCCUGAGAUGGAGACAGCCAUACAGAAAUCAGUUUUUGAGAAAAUAAACCUGAUUAUGUAUGUAAAGGAUUAACAUCAGGUGUACGUCUUUAAUUCUUUUGUGCCUACAUUAAUCAGAAAUCUUUAGAAGUCUUUAGUGUGGCACAGGUUUUCUUCUGGUCCAUAUCACUUACUGCUUUGUAUUUGUUUUUGUUGUCUGUAGCCCAUCCAUAUCAGCCUUAAAACCCACUCAGCUGGCAUGACAGGUCAGUUAAACCCAAGACUUAUGAGGAUGCUGGAAAUGAGAGGGAUACAGUACCUGGUGUGUCUGUGGACUCUGCUAUACACGCUGACUGGAUGUGCCCACAGUGACCCUAAAUUCUUGGAGAGGAAUGAGGGGGAGUCAGUGGUUUUUCCCUGUGUGGUUGAGAAGAAGGUCACUCCCCCCUACGGUGUCUACCUGAAACGGAGCUGGCUGCACCCCUCUGAGGUUCUGUUUAUGUACAAAGAGAGUGAGUUCACGGUGACAAACCUGAAGGACAAGAACCGCACCAGUGUGAGUGGAGACCCGAGCAGCCACUCUUUGAAUGUGACAAUCUCUGAGCUGAGGCCUGACGACACUGAUCGCUACUUCUGUGAGUUUGUGGUGGAGAGACCGCACUCUGAUGACCUGAGAGUGAUGGGCGACGAAGAAUUCUUCCUCAUGGUUCAUGCAGACGCCACUGGCUCGAUGGAUAUCAAUUUGAUUGAGACCACUGCUGGAGGCUCUGCUGUGCUCCCCUGUCUCCCCCCUCGAGGGGAGGCUUUGGCUGUAGUGGGGGUGAGUCUGAAGCAGCAGAGGGGACAGCAGCCACCUGUGGAGGUGUGGCACCACUCCAAGUAUCACCACGGCAAAAGCCCUCCACCCUCCUCCCCCCAGUUUCCUGAUGAGAGGGUCCAGCUGUCGUUCGCCACCAACUCUGGCAGCAUUAUCUACAGCGUGACCAUGCUGCAGCUGCAGCCAGAGGACAGCGCCAUCUACAGCUGCACACUGCUCCUGCAAGGCUUGCCCGACAGCAGCACCCGUCUAGGAAGGCAGGCGUUUUUUGUGUCUGUGAAAGGCGAAUGCGGCUGCUCCAGCUACUCAUCUCUGCUGUACGUGCUGUCUGCAGCUGUGGCCGUUCUUUUCUUCUUCCUCCUCAUUGGAUGUGUGGUGUUUCAUCGAGGUAGAGCACGCCGCAGUGUCAAGUCACACCCUCAGGUACCCAUCUAUGAGGACAUGGCCGGGGUUCAGGCUGAUGUUCGAAAACUGGCCCCCUACCAUCUGGAGGAAAUAGAUUCUUCUGAGUACAAAAACUGCAGCAUGAAGAGAUCCUGUCCUGAAAACUAUUAUGAACGGCCCAGCGGGGGGCCCAGGAAGGCAUCACCAUAGUAGCACAUCAAACCUCACAUCAAAAAACAAAAACAGGACCCCUGAUAAUCUUAGAUGGCAGAGUUAAACUCACUUCAGACAAAACUCUGACAUUUCUUCAUACUCACUUUUCUUUAAAGCUCCUUUCAGAAACACUUGUGUUGAUUUUGACCCUCCUUAGACCAAAGCAGCAAGUCUUUUCCGGGGACGUGUAUAGCUAGUGUUUUUAAGAGGGAAAAUUUUACCUGAUUUUCUAGUAGAAGUAUUAGUUGAGUCUUUUCCGUGGAAAGCUGUGAAUCACUUUAGGACCUACCCCACUGCAGUGCUUUCAGGCAUUAACAAAGCAGUAAGAAAUGAUCCUGUCUCCAGAUGAGUACAAGACUGUUGUACUAAGUAAAGGUACAGUUACUUAGGUUAAAAUUUACUGAAGAAGAAGUGUAUUGAUUACGUAGGUCUUAAGUAGGUCUCUCUCUGUAAUGUACAGUGCAAGAAAGCUCUUUACAGAAAGCAGGCCUGCCCACAGAAUUGUCUGGCCACUGAAAAACACAAAACAGGCCCUUCCUUCCCAGUUGUGAUUUAUUGAUAGUAUUAGUGUAUGUGUGCAUCCUGGCUUUCAGAUACUUCAUUUUGGAGCUCAAAAGUGUGGGUUCUAAUGUUAAAAUCAUUUCUUUGUUCCUCUUUUUCCACCCAGUUGUGCUACUUAAACUUAAACUCGUCACUUUUCCCCUGCCUAUUUUGCUACUUAAACAUGUUUUUGCCACUUUUAACCCAAUUUUUCCACUUUCUACUUAUAAUUUCCUCUUUUAUAGCCAUCUUUACUACUAUUAACCCCUUUUCACCACUUGUAACACAAAUUUUUGCCAAUUGUAACCCUUUUCACUAUUUUUCUUGCCAGUUUUUUCCUCUGUUAACCCAUUUUUACCACUUUUUUAACACCUUUGUUCAAUUUUUUUAUAUCAUGUCAUAUCACCACCACAAGAAUUCAAAGGAACUUUUGUGAGGUGUCGAUGGAGAGCUGGAAAAUCUUAAAACUUGGUUUGAUGUCAAUAAAUUGUCUUUAGGUAUUAAGAAAACUAAAUGUAUGGUUUUGGGGAAUCUAAAGGAAAAUAAUGGUAAUAUUACAUUUAAAAAGUUGUAAGGUUGACAUUGAAAGAGUUUCAAGAAAAAAAUUCCAUGGGGUUGUGAUUGACCAAUAACUAACAUGGAAAGUGAAGGUCAAAUUUCAAAGUCAGUAGUAAUUCUGUACAAAUUCAAAACUAUAUUAAAUUAUAAAGCUUUUCAUUAGAUUUAUUAAUCACUGAUUGUUCAUCAUGCUGUAUAUGUAAUUGGGUGGAAUUGUGGGGAUCUUCCUUUUUAACACAACCAUAAACUUAAUAAUAAAACUGUAAAAAAAAAGGCAGUAACAAUUUUUAUGACCUGUUUUUCUACAAUGUGACUAAUGUUCAAAGCAAAAGCAAAGACGCCCCCUGACUGUACAAAAGUUCUUUUUAAUUUAAGAGAGUUGAGAGGAGUUUACAAGAUUAAAGUACGGAAAGCUAACAAAGGUAUGAGAAGGAUAUUUAUUUUGACUGUUGCAGCUAAACUCUGGAAUGAUGUGAACAUGUGCUUCACUUUUUUGGUUUUCAGGAAAAUGGGUUGUUAAGCUAUUUUUGAUGCUCACAAGUGUGCCCUUUGCAUUUCUAGAGGAUAGGCUUUUAUAAGCAAUUUCUUCGACACAUGACUGUUGGCUUUGUUUCAAACAUCUAUACUGUAUAAAGUGUUUGGAGUUUGUGUUGUGACUGAAUAAAAACUACUGCUAAUGGA